AUGAGUCGCAGGAUCUCUAUCAUUGAUUUGGCCUCCGGGCCAGCCCAUCAGUACUCUGCUCCGUCGAACUCGAUCCUACUCUCCUCUUCUCCCAAUACCCUCCAUGUCAAUCCCCGUCCAUUGCCACCAACACCUCCCCGCGGAGUCAAGCGCCCGCGUAGUGAAGAACAUCCAUACGGUUAUGUUUUACCUCCCGACUUUGAGGACGACCAAAUCGAAUCUAUCGACUUGACCGAACCGGAACAAAUUUCGCCAUUGGCCAAGACACUUGCGAAGCAACGGGAGGAUGCAAUCAAAGCGCAGCAACCAAAGGAUGACACAAGCGAUUCAUUACUCGGCGCUUACAAAUGUCCUGUGUGUAUGGAUACACCCGAGAAUGCCACAAGUACGGCGUGCGGUCAUUUAUUCUGUCACAACUGCAUUAUAGAAUGCUUAAAUCGUGCCGACGAGCAAAGACUGGAUUCCACUAAACAAGUGCGAGGUACUUGUCCUGUGUGUCGAAAAGCCUUGACCAGGAACGAUGCGGCCGGCCCUCGUCGGAGCUUAAUACCCCUCAAACUCAAAUUGAUGACGAGAAAACGCAGCUUGCUUCCACCAGCUGAAGCCUGA